GUCUGCGAACCGAUCCGACUCACACACACGCGUACCGAGUAUCCCAUCGUCCCCGACGCGCAACAGCGUGAUGCGACCGAGGUCUACGCGAUCGAUCGGGUCGUCACCGUCGACGGGAGGAAGUCGCAAGAACUCAGGCCGCUUUACAGCCUCAACCACGAAAACUCUUGGCCAGGCGCCGACGAGGCCCGCGCGUUUUGGCACACGCGUCGGCGGCCAUCUGAUCGUUGCGACGACGCGGGGAGUGACGUCUGGCUUCGCGUCGCCGAUCGCGACUUCGACAAUGAGAAGCCCGCCGAACAGACGGUAACCGUCCACGCUACCUGUACCAACCGAAACGCCCCAGAACGUUUGACGGGGGGGCCCCACGGAACGCCGCUGGUCGGCGACACCCCCCUGCCCAUCCGAUCGGUGCGUUGCCUAUCGCGUCCCACGGCGCCGAUGCAGCCGCCGCUCGGGCCACGCGACGCCUGGCGUCUGGUGUCGCAUCUGUCGUUGAACCAUCUGUCACUAGUCGAUGAACGGUUCGCUGCGCCCGCCCUGCAGGAGCUGCUGCGCCUCUAUGACUUCGCCGAUCGUAAAAGGGAUCGCCGCCGGGCGAUCUUGAAUAGCGAGAUGAUCGACGGCGUCGUCUCGCUAUCCUCACGACCAACGACCUGUCGGAUCGGAGGGGCGCAGACCGGAGGGUUUUGCCGCGGGGUCGCUGUCGAGCUCGUGGUCGAUGAAGAGUCUUAUCGUGGCGUCGGCGCCUACCUGUUCGCCAGCGUCCUCGAGCAUUUCUUUGCCGAGUAUGCCACGGUUAACUCGUUCACACGGCUCACGCAUGCAACUCGUAUGACCUUGACUCUCGACAAGACGAAGCCACAAAGCGCCGGCGCCUGCUCGGUUCAAGAGCAGCUGUGUAAACAGCCGGGCAAGUUCGACUUCUAUCAAGCUGUCGAUCUGCUGCAACGGCAAGCGCCAUCGGAGGCGUCGCAACGCCAGCAAGCGGUCCGGUUUCAGACACCGGCAUCAACCGCCUUUCCAGCGAGCGAAAUUGAGUCCAUCCAGACUGCGACUGGUGAAGAGCCGGCGCGGAUGGUCGUGUCCUUCAUGGGCGUCACCGGGCCCAGCGGCGUCUUGCCCCGGCAUUACACAGAACAACUCGUCCAGCUGCAACGACGCCUGCGGGGCGCGGCAAAGCAUGCCUUGCACGCCUGGUACGACCUCUUCAGCAACCGCUUCGUCGGCCAGCUUUACCGGGCAUGGGCGAGUCGACGAAUUGAUCGGGGCGUGGUUGGCGGCGGCGCCGAUCGCAUCGAGCCCGAUCGCUUUACCAACGCACUGCACAGCCUGGCGGGUGUCGGAGCGCCGUCGUUACGCGACCGCCUCCAAGUCCGUGACAAGACCGAAGAGUGGACGCUAGACCGCGUCGUCGAUCAAGCGCUGGCGCGGCACGCCGGCGUGCUAGCGCGGCGGCAGCGACCCGCUUCACAGAUCGAGGCGGUGCUUACCGAGUACUUUCAAACGCCAAUCAAGCUCCUCCCCUUCCAGGGCCAAUGGCUGUCGCUAGACGACACAGAUCGAACCCGCGCCGGCAUGCGGGGCCAAGCGAACCGGCUCGGCGUCGACGCGUUGCUGGGCGGCCGCGUGUGGGACCUACAAAGCCGGGUCCGCCUCCAGGUUGGCCCGCUCAACCAAGAACGUUUCGAGCAGUUCCUCCCCGAAACGACUGCCGGACCACGCCGUCGUCGCUUUCAGAUGCUGUGUCAGAUGACGAGGUUCUUGCUCGGACCUUGCACUGAUUUCGACGUGCAGUUAGUCCUCCAGCAGACGAGCGUACCGCGACUGCAAUCGCAGGCAACCGGCAGCCGUCGGCUCGGCUGGGACGCGUGGCUCACUAGCGAGCCACUGGCCCGCGAUGGGAACGAGCCGGUGUUUGAGCCGAUCGAGACGACAACGCUCUGA